UUAAAGUUAAAAAUUAAAUCAUUUAAAAAAUUAAUUGAAAUAAAUUAAAAGUUAUUAACUUUUUAACUUUAUUAAUAACUUUCAACUAUUUAACUAGUUACUAUCCAACCCUGGUUUUUUUUUAAGAUUGCGUAACAUAUUAAUAAUCUUACCUAUACGUUACAUGUAUGUAAUAUAAACUGUGUAAAUUGUUUUAUGUAUUAUCUACAUAAACAUUAAUCAAGGAAUUACAAAAGAUUCAGAUUUUAUCGGAAAUAAUAAAAAUUUUAUUUUUAUUCCGUUCUUUUAUUUUUAAUAUUAUAUAUAUAUAUUUUAUUAAUACUAAAAGUAUAUCGAAUAUAUUAACAUUUUUAUAACUUAAUUACUUUUCUGUAUUGAGUUAUCUAAUUUACAAUAAUUUACAUAUAUUAAUUGCUUGUGUAUGAAAAAAAUAUAUAUAAUAAAUAAUAAAAACAAUAAUCCAGUCGUAAUUUUGAAAUACAACUUGACAAUUAGAUAUAUUACUUUCAUUUUUUUUUUUUAAUAUAAUCAUAUGCGAUGUUUUCUGACAUCAAAGUUUUGUGUCAUUUAUUAAUAAUUGUUACAUUUUAUAAUAGCCGUUAACAAGAUUUACAUGUAAUAUAUUAUAAAAGCAAACGUUAAAAUUUUAAUUAAUGUUUCGAUAUUCAGAAUUGCACAAUGAAAUAGAUUCAAAGAGCCUUCAUGUUUCUUUUUAAUCUCAACGUUGAAAAAGUUUCAGUUAUGCUUCUUUAUUAAUUAAGGUUUAUUAUAGUUGCAAUAAGAUAAAGAGAGUGCAAAAAAUAUUAGAACGCUUGUUAAUUGGCAAAGAUUUGCGAACUGACUGUUUCAAUUGAUCGAAUACGAUCCAAAAGUCAUUGUCAGCACAAUGGACUUCCCUUGCUGACAAUGCGUUUCAACGAAAGCAAUAUCGUUCAAUCGAUCGAAAGGUGCGUGAUAUCGGUUUUUACCGCCAUUUCCAUUAUGAUCACUCCAGAUAAGACUUGCUUUAUUCUUCGAAUUAGUGUGUUAUAUCUUCAUUUAAUUGACGUUUCACACUCCUGGAAUCUAACGUCGCUGAACAUAUCGGACGAUGUUCUAAUAUGGAGGUUCGCUGUAUGGAGAAGUCGCGUUUUUCUGGCAAUUCCCAGGUAGGCAGAUACUAUGAGUAAUUACCUAUCGACAAAUAAAAAGGAAGAAGAAUGCAAACCAACUCUGGUGGAAGUUUCUUGGCCUGAAAUUAAUUUGCCGUUAAAUGUUGCGUAUGCAGCAAUCUCUCCAAAGCCUUUCCCUAAAGACGGAUCGUUAAAGCGUGAAGAUGAAGCUCUCGUAUCCGUAACUGGAUUAGACGUAGAUGCUCGAGGACGAUUAUGGGUUCUAGAUGCGUCUGAUGAACGUGUUCGUUGGCCUCGAAUUCUCAUUUACGAUUUGAAACGGAACGAUCGAUUGGUAUCAUCCACUUCGCUGACUAAAGUGUCUUCGAAGCGAUUAAGGUCCCUCGUGAUUGAUCCGUUUGAAGAUCAAUGGGGAUUUCGUGGAUAUAUCGCGGAUGCUGGUGACGAAACGAUCAUCGUUUACCAUUCGGAAUUGCGCAAGUGGUGGAAAUUGAGAAUGUUACACGGAUCCGGAAUUCCACGCGUGGAAUCCACCGACCUUGCUAUUUCUCGGAGGAAUUCGAUCUUGUACAUGACAGGGCAGCAUACUCACAAUCUAUUUGGCAUUAAUCUGGCGAGGAUCAGCACGGAUGUACUAUUACGGACAGUGUCACGCGGAGUACAUAAUGUAACGGUGACUUGGCUUGGGAAGAAAUUAGGCUCUUCCGUAGGGCUGUUCGGCGAUUUAAAAGAUGGCCUGCACUAUUUUAUGACUUCAGAGAGAGCCAGCGUGCGAUGGGACACUAAGCUUCCUUUGAACGCGCAGAGUCAUUCGGUCCUGGUACAAAACGAUGACGUCCCGUGCAUAACCGAUUAUAUAAUGGAUGCGCGAAGGAACGUAUGGGGCUUAGUGAAUUCUAAAUGUCCCGGCGAAACGAAGAAAAAUACUUCGAGCGGUUCAACGUUUAAAUCUAGAACAAUUAAAAUUCAAAAAUAUUUUGCCGCAUUGUAAUAUUUGCAAUAAUAAUUUUUAAUUUUUAUAAAAUACUUGUUUCAAAAAUUCUCAAGAAAUUAUGCCUGUUUUAAUUUUUUAAAUACAAUUUUUCCAUAAAUAUCACAAUUUAUUAUAUGUUUCUAAUCAAUAUUUAUAUAAAAAUUCUGCCAUUUGAAAUUAAUUGAAGAAUAUCGUCAUUUAGUCUUUUCGAAAGAUUGAUUUCCACAAGCUCCGUAUUUGCAAUCAUUAAUUUCGAGAGAAGUAAAUGAAAUCUUAGCAUUCUGAUUCAAGAUAGCUUGGUUUACAAACCAGCAAUAAGAAAUGAAUUUGAUUAAGAAAAAAAAACAUAAGGUAGGUUUAACGCAUCUUCACUGAAAAUGAAACUAGCGGUACGUAUCUUUUACGCAUGGAUUACAUAAGUAGACACGUGUCUCCGUAGAUGCAUUUACAUAAACUAGCGUUUAUUAGCCGUUUGUUUUACAUAAUAACGAUUACAGAUGUUAUGAUGAAUUAUACAUUCAUUUUGUCAAUUAUUUUGUUAAUAAAUCACUUUCUUUGAUCGUUGAGCAAGUGAAUAGCUAGGUUCUAAACAUUGCCUUGAAAACUGGCAGCUAAAUGCCGAUUUAAGCAUCGACAAGUAAUUUUUACACUGGUCAACUCGUCCAAAUACGCGAUCUUACAGCAUAAUAUAUUCACGGUCAAUCGCACAUUAAUUAUAGACAGAAAUGUACAAUGUUUGCUAAUUACCUACGAAAAAAAAAAAA